UUAUUCAGAAAUAUUUACUUUGGUUUAUACUAUUCUUAUGUUUAGUUCUGUAUGUUACUCCAUGUCUCUCAGUUUUUCCUAAUUCAUCUCAUAAAGUUUCCUUAUUUGUCUCAUUUGUCAGAGGAUUGUAUAGUGCUCUCUUUUUGUGAAGGAUUACCUUUGAGGUGUUAUAAGAGCAUUUUGCAUCAAUAAAGACUAAGAUCUUCUAGGACAACUAUCAAGAAUCAUAUUCAUUUGAUCUCAGAAUAAUAUGAAGGAUGGCUGAUGAUAUGAAUUUAUCAGAAGAUAAUUUAAAUAAUGAAGAAUGCAAACAAGAUAGUUCCAAGACAGAAAAUGAAGACGUCUCUAAAGAUGCACAUAAAGAAUGUUUGGAAAAAAAACCUGUAUGCGAAGAUGUAAGCCAGACUGAGAAAGAUUCAAAAUCACAAAAUGACCCUGUUUCUGUUCUUCAGCUAUCCUGUGAAUCAGAAGUUGAUGAUAGCAAUUUUAUUAUCACAUUAUCACCAAGUUAUACUUCAAGUCCAGUCUUGGCAGCAAGUACUCCUAUACAGUCAAAUGGAACAAAGGACAACUUUGAACUAGAGAAUAUAAAAAAGAAUGAAGAUUCUUUAGAUACCACUGAAAAGAAAGAUUUAAAUUCACAUUCUGAAAUUACUUCAAAUUCAGAAUGUGUAGAUAAUACAGAUAAGUCAAUGAGUAUUCCAUCAGAACAAAAAACAUUAUCAGAAGAUGAACCAAUGUCACCUCCAGCAAAGAGAAGACAUAUAGAUGAUAAUUUAAGUACAAAAAAUUCUGUGUCUGAUAAUUCAAAAGAUUUAGUAGAUCAGAUAGAUAGGAGUGAUGAGAAUUCAGCUAAUAAAACUGAAAGCAUAUCUGAAAUACUUGAUGGUGAAAAUCAGAAAAAUAAAGUAAGCACUAAUGAAGAAUCUAGUGGCAUUUCACCUGAUUCUACUUCUGAAUUAAAAACUGCAUGUACAUAUUUACAAGAAGAUAAUGAACAAAAUGAUUGGUGUUUACAACUCUCGGCUGCUACUCAACCUGUUGAGACUGAAAAAAGUCCAUCUCCAGUUGAUAAAGAUACUGAAAAUGCUACAGAAAAUCUUACAGAAAAUAAAAGUGAAGAAGCUACUUCAGAUAAAAAUAAUGAAGAUAAAGAAUCUCUAAAGGACAUGUCUGAAAAUAAUAACAAUGGUGAUGAUUUACAGAAAUCAGAUCAAUCAAAGCCUUUAUUUCAAAUACACAAACCUUCUUGCAUUCAAGAAAUUAAUCCAAAUAUUAAUAAUCAAGAAGAAUCAACUGUGUUUUCCUGUGUUCAGAAGUUAAAUGCAAAUACAGUACAAAGUUCUGAAAAAUCACCUGAGGAAUGUGCUGUUACUCCAAUGGAAUGUGAUAUUCCAGCAGAAAAUGCUGAGCAAAGCAAUAACAACAUAGAAACAGAAGAUUUCAUUUUAAACUUAUCAGAAACUGCCACACAAAAUGCAGCAGAUGAAAAUAAAAUUCCAGAAGAUGACAAAGAAUUAUUUGAAGAUGAACACAAUAGUGAUGUAUCAAUGCAAGCACAAGAAGAUGCCGAGAAAAUGAAAGCUCCUAUUUGUCCUGAAUUAGUACAACCUAAUUAUUCCUGUAAAGAAACUCAAACUGACAUUGCAGUAAAUAAUAGCAGUAAAUCUGUUGAAACUGAAACAACAAAUCAGCAAGAAACAGAAACAACUGAAGAAGUAACAAAGGAAAAAGUAGGUUAUAAUGAAUAUAUAAUUAAAAUUUGCAGAAAUAUUAGUGCAAACAAAUCAGACUUACUGUAAUAACGAGUCACUUAG